AUGCAGAUCCUUCGCACGCUCGAGUCUGCAAAGCCAGCCAAGCGCGAGAUUCGUCCUGCCGAACCGGUAGACUCUACACCAGAGAAGCUAUCGCCGAGCAGCAAUUCGCCAGCGCCGACAUUCAAAUAUGAGAAGGCUGACGUUGGACCAGGAGGCCGCCGCGUCGUCUCUGGCAAGGGGAAGAAAGCUAAAAGCACUACCGGCACCGCUGCAUCCGUGGCGUCCCCGAGCACCGAGACGAAGAAGUCAGCCCAAGGGAAAGAUCGGCGCAAAUGGGGUGACAGCAAUGAGCCUCUUGCAGAAGGCAGCAUCGCUGCAUUGGACUUCAGUAAGGAGAAGGCAGACACGUCUCAGGUGAACUUGAGUCAGUGGAUCGAUGAAAGCAAGUUAGGCAGGAAGCGCGCAGAUGGCGUGUAUGAGCUAGCUGACGACGAGGCGGAACAAAACGAUACGUCGCCAAGCUUUUUCAGUACUCUUGCCGGCUCUUCCUCAUCGCUCCUUGCCCGCAUUACCGGGAAAAAGGACGCACUCACCAAAGAAGAUUUGGCACCAGUGCUGCAUGCUAUGCAAAUGCAUUUGCAAUCGAAAAAUGUGGCGAACGAUGUUGCUUCUUUAAUCUGUGAGGGUGUGGAAAAGCGCCUUCUUGGCAAGCGCAUUGGAAACUUUGGUAGCGUCAAGGCGGAGGUCCGCAAGUCCCUGGAAGAGUCGAUCACGAGAAUUCUUACACCCAGUACCAGCACAGAUAUCCUUCUAGAGAUUGCGAGCAAGAAAAAGCGUCGUGCAGAGCUGGCUGCAACACUUCCUGCCCAUGCCCUACGUGGUCAGACGUCACCCGCACUGAAUCCCUAUGCCAUUGGCUUCGUCGGUGUGAAUGGUGUCGGUAAAUCAACGAACUUGGCUAAGGUGUGCUUCUGGCUCUUGCAAAAUCGCUAUCGUGUACUCAUUGCUGCUUGCGAUACGUUCCGCAGCGGAGCUGUGGAGCAGCUCCGAACCCAUGUUCGAAACCUCGGCCAACUGGAGAUCGACGGUCAUCGUGUGGCAGACGGUAUGCCCGACACGGGCGAGACAAUGCUGCAACUGUACGAGCGCGGCUACGGCAAAGAUGCGGCAGGUAUUGCGAAAGAGGCACUUGCUUAUGCACGUACGCAGGGCUUCGAUGUGGUGUUGAUCGAUACGGCGGGCCGCAUGCAGGACAAUGAACCACUAAUGCGUGCACUUGCGAAGCUGAUUGCGGUCAACCAACCAGACAAAGUGCUGUUUGUCGGCGAAGCCUUGGUCGGAAACGAGGCCGUGGACCAGCUCACCAAGUUCCAUCGGGCACUGAAGGACUACAGUGGCGUCACCCAUCCACGCGGCUUGGAUGGGUGUUUGCUUACCAAGUGGGAUACAGUCGAUGUUUUGAUACCCGAGUACUUUUCAUAG